UCAUUUGCCUUGCAUAUCAAGCAACUCUUUUCUCUCCUCUCUAAUUCUAUCUCUCUCUUCUCCUCUUACUCUAUCACUGCUUAAAAAAAAACAUUCAUGGCAAAAGAAUCAUGAUCACUACUCCAGCUCAAAACCCAUGUGAGUUUCUUUCCCUCUUUUUUAUCCUUUUUUUCUCUUCUCUCAAUUUCCUUAUUUUUUCACCCACAUAUCUCUUCCUUUAAUUUCCCUCCUUUUUUCUUCUUUAUUUCUCUCUCUGAAAAAAGCAUGAUUCUAGGAAAAACAAAAUUCUUAUCUUAAUCUACAAAACAAAAACAAAAACAAAAAAUUGAAUUUUUACACCUUUAAUUUCCUCUGUUUCUGUUUUUUCCCCCCCUUCACAAAUGGGGUAUCUUUCUUACACUUUACUAAAAUUUCCAUCACCCCACCAAAUAUUCGGUUAAUUUAACCAAUACCCAGUUUCAAAAAUCAAAUUUUUUUCACUAAAAAUUUAAUCUUGUUUCAUAAAAACAUCUAAUUUUCUCUUUUUUUUCCACUUUUUUUCUGGGUGUUUCUCUCUCUAAAACUUCAUGCUUGAACAUUGAGAUACUUAAUUUGGGAAAGUCCUUUAAAGGUGGGUUAUAGUAUGCCUAUUUGUCUGAACCCACCUUUUCCUUUCUAAUCUUAAAAAUUCUAUGUUAUUACCUCUUCAGUUAAAGUAGUGAGCAAAUUCUGGUUUUUUUUUUUUUUUAAUUAAAAAAAUCUUAAUUUUUUUUUAUUUUUUUAUUAUUAUUUUCAGUGGUUAAAGAAGUUGGUGUAUGUGUCUCUCUCUAGAGUGUGUGGAGUGGUGUGUUUUUAGCUGAGUUCCACCGUGACUGUCAGUUUCUUCCUUUUUUUCCUUCUUCUUCUUCUUAUCUCUUUCUCUCUCCUCCAUCUCUAUCUCCUAAAAUCUUCUUGGAAAAAGAAACCAUUUUUCCAUCUGGGUUUUCAUUUUUCUCAUCUGGGUGCAGUUUUCAUGGAGGAAAUUCAAGAAAUGAUUAUUGGUGGUGUGUUAUUAUAUAUGAAGAUGAUAUAGUAUAGUACUACACAAUAACAAAAUAUUGCUAUUGAUGAUGGAGAGUGUGAUUUGAAGUGUAGCAGAAGCAAAGGUCAUUGUUAUAAUAAUAAAAGUACAUCAUAUAUAUAUCAAAAGAGGGUUUAUAUAGAUAUAUAUAUUAAUUAAGGAAGAAUUAUUAACUCCUUAAUUAGUUUAUUAUAAGGUUAGCUACUAUGAAUAUUACUAACAAAGCUCAUCAAAUAAACACCAUUAGUAGUGCAAGUGAUCUAAUAGAUGCUAAACUUGAAGAACAUCAACUUUGUGGAUCCAAACACUGCCCUGGAUGUGGCCAUAAGCUUGAAGGAUCAAAACCGGAUUGGGUAGGUCUACCAGCUGGUGUUAAAUUUGACCCAACAGAUCAAGAGUUGAUAGAACAUCUUGAAGCAAAAGUGGAAGGAAAAUCUUUCAAAUCUCAUCCUUUAAUUGAUGAAUUUAUCCCUACUAUUGAAGGUGAAGAUGGGAUUUGUUACACUCAUCCUGAGAAACUCCCAGGAGUAACAAGAGAUGGAUUAAGUAGACAUUUCUUUCAUAGGCCAUCAAAAGCUUACACUACUGGUACAAGAAAGAGGAGGAAAAUCCAGACUGAAUGUGAUCUUCAAGGCGGCGAAACUCGGUGGCAUAAAACAGGCAAAACAAGGCCAGUAAUGGUGAAUGGUAAACAAAAGGGAUGCAAAAAGAUACUAGUUUUGUACACAAACUUUGGCAAGAAUAGAAAACCUGAGAAAACAAAUUGGGUGAUGCAUCAAUAUCACUUAGGACAACAUGAAGAAGAAAAAGAAGGUGAACUUGUAGUGUCAAAGAUAUUCUACCAAACACAGCCAAGGCAGUGUAAUUGGACCACCAACGAGCGAAGCGCGACCACCGGAGAUGGUAGCGAGCCUAGUGGUAGAAAGGAGAGUGGUAGUGGUAGUGGAAGUACUUCUUCUUCUAAAGAAGUGAUUACUCAUCAUAAUAGAGAUGAUCAUAUGUCAAUUUCAGCUGGUGUUGUUGGUGGUGCACUUUCUAGUUAUAAUACUGCUUUGGAUUUGCAGCAUUUGAGAGCUACUACUGAACAUUUCAGCUUUGUUCCAUUUAGUAGAAAAACUUUUGAUGAGGCUGGAAUUGGAGAUGCUUCAACAGUAAGAGAGACUGCCUCCAUAUCAGCUGCAUGCGACGACCAUGAACAACAACAUCAACAACAACAACAACAUCAACAACAUCAUCAACAACAACAUCAACAUCAACAUCAACAUCAUCAUCAUCAUCUUCUACAUCAUCCACAUGCCAUGAGUGCUCCACAAGAUCAUCAGCAUCAUACACAUCAAGCCAUUUCAACGACGGCAGCCUUCCAUAUGAGUAGACCAUCACAUCCCAUAUCCCAAAUCAUAUCUCCAUCUCCUCUUCAUCAUGCAUCCAUUAUUCUUGAUGAUGAUUCUUUCCAGCAUGUAUCCAGGAUUAUGUUUCAAAAUGAAAGUUUUCAGCAUCAGCAACAACAACAUCAAGAGCAGCAACAACAGCAGACACAGCAGCAACAACAUCAUAAAUUAGGAGGAAGGUCUGCAGCUGGUUUAGAGGAAAUCAUCAUGGGCUGCACUUCAUCAGCUUCUCCUUCUGCUGGUGGUAUCAAGGAAGAGUCUUCCAUGACAAAUCCAUCAGAAGCAGAAUGGCUCAAGUAUUCCACAUUUUGGCAUGAUCCUGACCACUCAGAUCAUCAUGGAUGAAAUCAAAGGAAAAACCAACACAUAUAGGACUCUUGGUAAACAAAAAAAGUAUCUAUGUUUUUUACGGAAACAAAUACUACCUUAGUCCGAAUACAGUUGUCAUAAAUUUCACUAUUAACGUGACAAUUAACUUCGGACAGAGGGAGUAUCAUUUAUAUCUUCGUCCAUCAUUAUAAUCUCAAAGGCUUCCCUUACAUUUCUUUUAAGCAAAUACAUCUAUACACAUACCAUCGCGGUAUUUUUUUUUU